ACACAUCUCCAAUAAACAAUACUCGCGGUAUAAAUUGCUGUGAUCUGAAAAGAAUGUAGUGUCGUUGUAUCGUUGUAGCUUUGUAUCCGUAUCUCCGGAGUUUUUUCAGGGAGCGUGAACGCAACGCUUCCCAUUGACCAGGCAUCCCUUCCGGUAGAUGAGGUCAACUUUUCCCCCCAGAUCCGCCAUUUCAGUCCGGGAGAGUUUCUUGUUGCACAUUAGUUUAGACUUUAAUCUUUUGUCGUUUUUUUUGUUUUAAACAUCUAAACAGUCGAGUGUUAGUGUAGUGUAUGCAACAGGAGUCCCGUCACCUUAAACGCGUUUAAAACGAAUCGUGGAAGUUUAAAUUUAUAUAAAAAAAAAAAAAAAAAAUCGUGGCAUUAUAGCGCGGGAUUUUUUUUUUUUUUCCCGGGAAAAAAAAGGAGGUUAGUCAAACCAAAAGUUUUUUGUAUGAGUUGCGGAUAAGGGAGAGGCUGGUGGUGGUGGAGGGGGUGGAGGAGGUCGGGGUUGGGGUUGGGGAAAGGGCCUCAAGCCUCGGGACGGGAUUUCACAGCCAUGGCCGGUAACUUUGAUGCGGAGGACCGCGGGAGCUGGUACUGGGGGAGGCUCAGCCGCCAGGAAGCGGUGUCCCUCCUCCAGGGGCAGCGGCACGGCGUGUUCCUGGUGCGGGACUCGAUCACCAGCCCGGGGGACUACGUGCUGUCCGUGUCGGAGAACUCCAAAGUGUCCCAUUAUAUAAUCAACAGCAUCAGCAACAACCGGCAAUCCGGCUCAGGUUUGGCUCCUCCUCGGUUUCGGAUUGGGGAUCAGGAGUUUGAGGCGCUCCCAGCCCUGCUAGAGUUUUAUAAGAUCCACUACCUGGACACCACCACACUCAUAGAGCCCAUAAACAAGUCCAAGCACACGGGGUUCAUCAGCACCUCCGCUGGCGCCCCGCCGCAGUCAGAGGAGGCCGAGUUUGUACGAGCGCUGUUUGACUUCCCCGGUAAUGACGAGGAGGACCUCCCCUUCCGCAGGGGGGACAUCCUGCGGGUUCUGGAGAAGCCGGAGGACCAGUGGUGGAACGCAGCUAACCAGGAGGGCCGAGCCGGGAUGAUCCCCGUGCCCUACGUGGAGAAGUACCGGCCCGCCUCGCCCACCUCCGCCGGCCUGGGUCCCCCUGUUGUGGGGGUGGACAGGGGGCAAGCGGGAGGGAUGGUGGGCAGCACAGACGCAACAGGGGCCCCUCAGACCAACCCUCUGGGGGACCCGGGCCAGUACGCUCAGCCUGUGGCCAACGCCCAGCUGCCUAACCUACAGAACGGGCCCGUCUACGCCCGAGCCAUCCAGAAGAGGGUUCCCAACGCCUACGACAAGACGGCGCUCGCUCUGGAGGUGGGCGACACGGUAAUAGUGACCAAGAUCAACGUGAACGGCCAAUGGGAGGGUGAGUGCAAGGGCAAGCGAGGCCACUUUCCCUUCACCCACGUCCGCCUGCUGGAACAACACCAUCCCGAUGACGAGAGCUGAGAAACGAGCGCUCUCCCGCCACCUCGACCGUGUCCAGCGCACCCCCCCCCCUCUCUUUUUGUCAUUACGUCAUGCUCGGAGAGAAGAAAAAGGAUUUCUACAAGCACACAAUAGAUAGAUGAACCUAUGAGCUCAACCAUUCCCCUGCCGACACCAAGACGUGUUGGUUGAUCUUGCCUGCUGUCAUUUUGAAGAGUUUACACUAAGGUCAGACUGAUAUCGGUUCGCCUGUAUGAGCUUUUUUUUUUUUUUUUUUUUUUUUUGUCAGCAUCGCACACUGCCAUUGUUGGCUCCAUGCUUGACUACUUCUCUGAAACCAGCAAUUAAAUUAUGGCAGCAUUUAUUGGAUUAGUAUUUAUUCAUGUUUUCAUUUAAAGAUCGUCUUAACCAGAUGGGAAUAUUGAAUAGCUGUUCAUCUUAGCUUAGCUUAGCUUAGCUUAGCUUAGCUUAGCUCCACCACUGAAAGCCGCUAAACCAAGAGAAAUGAAUAGCUUCCAAUAACUCCGGAGGUGUUUUAUUUGCCUUUUUUGUAUGGUUUUUGGGACGCAUUUAGAUAUUAGAAACUGUUUUAAGGGGAACACAAAGCUAACCUCUUCUAUAGAGAAGGCUUGAAGAUUAGGAUUUCUGUCAUAUAUUCGUGUAUUUUAGCAUUUCAUUAUAACGACCACACUAACCGUUCUCCCUGUAAUGAUAAAGCACAAGACUCCUCCCCCCCCCCAAAUCUUGUUUCUAUCCAUUAGGCAUUCUUUUUAACACUCAAGGUCCAGUUGUAGUCCGGACUAAUAAUGCUUAUAAUUACGACUUGCUGUUAGAUAUUGAUUUCUCCUCGUGGGUGCGUGUAGCGCUGAUGAAGCAGGAUGACAGUCACCAGGACCGACCAAUCAAUCAAUGCGUUCCCUGUCAGUCCAUAUCGCUUCAUGUCAGCAGUCUUUGUGCUCAUCCAAGUCAGUGUGGUGGAGCUACGUCUUGGCAGCAGCUGAUAACCCUAAAAUAAUCAUUUUUUUUAAUUGAAUAAAAAGCUAUAGGAGAUAUUUUGCUUACAAGAAAUUAUAAUCGUCAAUUUGAAAUAUAUUCACAAUGGGUAGUAACCGAUAUCAGUCGAACCGCAGUUUACGCAUCUCCAACCCAGUAUUGAAGUACACACACACACACACACACACACACACACACACACACACACACACACCCACACCAGAGUCGACCCACUCUUCCCUUCCUGUGUUAGCCACUGCAUUUGAUUCAUACAGAAGGGAACAAAAAAAAAUAAA